AGAGAGAGAGGAGAGGAGCUCCAGAAGGAGACAGACGUGUGUAGGAGCCAGGAGAGGAGAGAGCAGAGCUGGCAGCGGGCAGGGGUGACGGACAAACUCUUCGGUGGCCCGUGUCCUCCUUGCCACCACUGCCUGGGCUGGACUGGAGGUCUCCCCGGAGUAAGCGGUGAAGCUGCAAGCCCUUCCUCGCAGAGCAAAGGACAAUUUGUUCUAAUGACAGCACAACACGGGGAAGGCUUCGUUAGGAAAUAGGCUGUCGGCGCUCCCCGUCUGAGCGCGGUGUUGCUCAGGGCUGGAGGAAGUUUUGCGGCAAAUCACAAUACCUUGAGCUGCAGUAAUAAUACGGUAAUUGCUCCUUUGUAAUGAUCAUGGUGGUGUGUUUCAGGUGGCUGCGAGGUCUCCCCCCCCCCCGCAUCCUCUCCUAGCUGCCUCCAUCCAACCGAUGGCCACCUCUCAGCAUCAGGAAAAGUGCCCUUAGUUGCCUCUCCUCUGUGGAGCAUAACUACUGCACAGGGAGCAAGCAGCAGCCAGCUCCUCAGUGGAGGUGGUCCCAGCUUAAGGAGCUCCCUCGGGGCGGGAGUGUGGUGGGGUGCUGCUGCUGCGGGGACUAUCAGGUCCCUGCUGCCGGAGGUGGCACAGCCCUGGGGUGAGUGUGCCGGGACCACUUACAGCCCACGGGAGCCCCUUUCCCCAUGGCCGAGCCCUGUUGAACACCAGCCGAGAUUUAGACUUGCCAAAGCAAGCAAUCCCAAGAGCUUUAGCGGCUUUGGGAUGGUGGGAGGAAUGGAGUGGCGGCCAGGCGGCAGGGCAGGGGGUCCUUCAGGGGGCUGGGAGCACAGGAGAUGCUGUGGUGGGGGUGUGAAUGUGAGCAGGAGAAAGGGGCUUCAGCCAGGCAGAUGUGGGCUGACUGAUCCCAACAGCAUUCUUGCCAGCGAUGUCACGAGGAUCUUGAUGUCAUCACUUAACCGGCUGGUUGGGAUUGGUAUCUCUAAGGAGAAACGUGGGUGUCAAACAAAGGCCAGGAUCAGGCACCCUAGGGCCAGAGCUCUGGUAGCCACUGUGGUCAACACUGACCAGCACCCACGUGCCUAUGGCCAUGCACAGGUGCUGUGUGUCCCUUUCUCCCCGCGCAGGUCCCCGCGGUCAGAUGGAGAGAUGCCAGGGGGAUGGAACGCCUCUUCCGACAGCCCAGAGCUACGAGCAGCAGGGAUUAUUGUGCCCGUCAUCUUCUCCCUCAUCUUCCUCCUGGGGACUGUGGGGAAUGGGCUGGUGCUGGCCGUGCUGCUGCGGAAUGGCCAAGUCAAGUACAACACCACCAACCUCUUCAUCCUUAACCUGGCCAUGGCUGACCUGUGCUUCAUCGUCUGCUGCGUCCCCUUCCAGGCCACCAUUUACACCCUGGAUGGAUGGCUUUUUGGGGCCUUUGCCUGCAAGGCUGUGCAUUUCCUGAUCUACCUCACCAUGUAUGCCAGCAGCUUCACCCUGGCCGCUGUCUCUGUUGACAGGUACCUGGCCAUUCGCUAUCCACUGAAGUCCCGGGAUCUCCGCACCUCCCGAAACGCAGGAGUGGCCAUUGUAGCAAUCUGGUCACUGUCGCUGCUCUUUGCGGGGCCUUACCUCAGUUACUACCAGAUUGUCCAUUACCACGGGGUGCCCAUCUGCGUCCCCAUCUGGGAGGACCAGCGCCGAAAGAUUCUGGACAUCCUCACGUUUGUCUUCGGAUACGUCCUGCCCGUGUUCGUGGUGAGCAUGGCAUAUGCCAGGACCAUCAAGUUCCUGUGGACCUCUGUAGACCCCAUAGAAAGGAUCUCGGAGUCCCGGAAGGCCAAGCGUAAGGUCACCAAGAUGAUUGUGGCUGUGGCCAUCCUGUUCUGCCUCUGCUGGCUGCCCCACCACCUGGUCAUCCUGUGCUUCUGGUUUGGCCACUUCCCCUUCAACCGAGCCACUUACGCUUGCCGCCUGGCUUCCCACUGCCUUUCGUAUGCCAACUCCUGCCUCAACCCCAUCGUCUAUGCCCUCAUCUCCAAGCAUUUCCGCAAGCGUUUCAAGCAGGUCUUCACCUGCCUCUUCUUCCAGAACAAGACCAGGAAGAAGAGAGUUGGAAAGAAAGUCCACGUGGUCAACGUGGGCAAAGCUUUCACCAACAGCACCAGAGGUUUCUAUGGAGGCAACACUGAGGUGACCCAUGUCCCAGAGGAGAACAUCAGGAAGAGGGACCCUGAAGGUGCCAGUCAUGCCAGAGCAUGGACUCACCAGCUACAAGACACCAUGGUCUCUGUUCAGAAGGAGCUGCUGGAGGAAGAAAGUUUGGCAACAACUGGCCGUCCCCUAGCCAUGACCCCUCCAAGAGGAACUCGGGAGUUUCUGACUGUUCACUACGGAUGAACAAAGUGAAGAAACCUGUUUUCCAGCCAGUGAGUAGCCACUCCAUUCCCAAACAGGCAGAAUAAUGUGGGGCAGAGGGGAAUGGAUGCAGCAGAGCCACCGAAAGAUCCUGUGGCAAUGGUUAACCCAUUGUCCCCACUCACCUUCACUCACUGGCCCACAGCAUUCAUAUAGGAAUGGCACAAUCCACCCGUACAGCUGCAGAAUGGAGGGACAUCUUAAUGUGCUGCCAAGUGACCUGGGAGGCCUUCCUGCAACAGGUUUUAAGGCUUCUGUUUCCCAGCUGCCUAACUUGCUAAUUUUGUGCAGCACCUUGAAACUCUAAGAGGAAGGCAACCAAAAUGAAAACAUCCUGGUAGGAAAUCCAGGCUGUUAAGGGUGCACCAGAGCAUAGGUGGGAAGGGUGGAGAGAGUGCACAGGGACCUGAGUGUGAAUAGGGUGGCUGGCAGCCUCUCUCCCUGGCAGCCCCAAGCGGUGAAACACUGUCCCCUGCCCACAUGCCCUUCUUUUCCCAUGGGCCAGCCCUUGUCCACCUCCAUCCUCUUCCCUAGCCCCUGCAUCCAGACCAAAGGACCUUUGCCACACUGGCUACGAGGAAGUCAGCCAUCUGUGCCGACAGAUGCAAACUCCAUAGCAGUCACUAGUCAUACUUAAAUGAUUUAUGCCACAGCAGGUGAAGAAUGGAAAGGCUUGUAUGCCAACACCUCUGCGUGCCUCCCCUCUGCUCCACUGGCUUCUCUGAAGUUCAAGAAGGAAAGGACCUUCUGUCCAGUCUCUUCUCUCCACCCUGCCCCACGAGAAGUACUCGCUGGAAGAUGUUUCCUAGAGCUCUGUCCCACCUGGCUUUAGCUCUUGCGAGCAGAUCCUGCAGGACACUGUCCCAAUUCAUAGUACUGCUUGCAGUUCAGAAGUAUUUCCUGAUAGCCAUCCUCAGUUCUUCCUAAACAAACCUGGUAACUCCUCCUUCCACCACAUUGUUCCACCCCUCUGCUUAAUGUUUGCCUUUUGCAAAUUCCUGAGGGAUUGCUGCCUCUUCUUUGAUCUUUGCUUGCUACUCGGAGCUUCAUCCCUUCCUUCUGGGGCUGAAGGACCUGUUGCUCUCUCAGCAGACGUUAUUCGGUGAUAUUAGCCCUGUGUGUGUGGUUUACUGACUUGGCCAGACAGUUUUUUUCCACGUGAUGAUGACGAUGAUUGUGAGUGAAUUGAUGCCUGUCACCAAAGCAGAAGAAAGUAGCCAAGCUGCAAAAUGAGCUGUGGAGCCAAGUGAUGGUUGUGGUGAGGCAAAGGAGAAGGAAACAGGCCCAUCACACCCAUGUGCACUUAGCUCCUGUCUCCUCAGUGCCCCUUUCUACCUGAUGGAGAGGGCUUCCAGGAGAGAGAGAUCAACACCACUCAGUGGGUUGGGACAUCUUCCAAGACGGCAACCGUUGGGGGAUUGCUGUGGGACCCACGUCCACCUGGGAGCAAAACUUUCCCCUGCUCUGUCCCUGCUGCCCCGAGCAGCGGCGGAGGAGCCUUUGGCUGUGGUAGCAGCUCAAUGACACCCCGCAGCAGGGCCAAGGGUCCUCCCAGCCUGACAGUGGGAAGGAUGGGAAGUGCCGUGGGGAUGGCGGGGUGGGGCAAGAAAUCACAUUCACCAGAAGGUGCUGGAAUUUCUCCCCUGCUUGACCUUAAUAAACCCUCGUAAUUUCCUUAUCCUGCCAUGUUUGCU